ACUCUGAAGCCUUGUUUUUUUGUCUUCUCUUCUCUUUUCUUGUUCUCAUUACAGCCAAACCAUUUAUGAAUAGUUAGCAAAGCAAUGGAGAUUGGUAAUACGUCCAUCUUGAAGAGGUUCAAACACAGUUUCUUUACUUCUAUCAAGUCUUCUUUCCCUUGCUUCAAAUGUUUCUCUUCUUCAUCAGAAAUUUCCUCAUCAGAUGAUAGCGUACAAGGUGAACACAUUCUUCAAAAUGUUCAUGCCUUCUCGUUGACUGAAUUGGAAGUUGCCACCAAUGGCUUCCGUUCAUCAAACAAAAUUGGCGACGGUGGAUUUGGCUCAGUUUAUAAGGGAAGACUAGAAGAUGGGAAAAUUGUAGCUGUGAAAGUUCUAUCAGCAGAAUCGAAGCAAGGGGACAGGGAGUUCUUGUCUGAGAUAGCUUCACUCUCUAGUAUUAGCCAUGAAAAUCUUGUCAAGCUUCAUGGUUGUUGCAUUGAUGGUCCUUGCAGAAUUCUUGUUUAUGAGUAUAUGGAAAUGGGUAGCCUGUCUCAUAUUUUGCUCGGUGGGAGCAAAAAUAGAAGUAAAUUGAAUUGGAAAGCAAGAAGAGAUAUUUCGAUAGGGAUUGGUGAGGGGCUUGCUUAUAUUCAUGAGAAGGUUAAACCUCAUAUUGUGCAUAGAGAUAUAAAGGGCAGCAAUAUACUUUUGGAUCAGAAUUUUACUCCUAAAGUUUCAGAUUUCGGUCUCUCUAAACUAUUUUCAGACAACAUGACCCAUAUUAGUACAAGAGUGGCAGGCACAUUAGGUCAUCUUGCCCCGGAGUACGCUAUUAGCGGCCACUUAACCAGAAAAUCAGAUGUAUACAGUUUUGGAGUGCUACUCCUUGAGAUAGUCAGUGGAAGAACAGCAGUUGAUUUCGACUUAGAACUGGGAGAACACUACCUCGUGGAGAAGGCAUGGGAAAUGUACAAGGCUAACAAGCUUCUACAGCUGGUGGAUCCUAUGCUAAAUGGAAACUUCUUAGAAGCAGAAGCUGUUCGAUUUCUAAAGGUUGCCCUGCUCUGUGUGCAAGAGAAAUGUGGGCUGAGACCGAACAUGUCAAAAGCUAUUAAGAUGAUGAGAGGUGAAAUCAACAUAAGCACCGUCAAAAUAGCUCAGCCAGGACUCCUCACUGAUAUUAUGAAUGUGAAAAUAGGCCAAAGACCACAAAGCUCACAAAGCUUAAUUACCGGCAUUGCAGCUUGUACAGUUAAUUGUAAGCAAUAUUCAUGA